AUGGAUGUUCUUUCGAGUUUGUUCGACAAAGCUAAGGAGGAUGGUCUUGUCAAAGGAGUAAAGUUGCCGAACGAUGGGCCAUCCGUUUCUCAUCCCUUCUAUGCGGACGACGCCAUCAUUAUUGGGGAGUGGUCUUCAGAGAAUAUUACUAAUGUGGUGCGUAUUCUUCGGAUUUUUCAUUUGUGUUCAAGCCUCAAAAUUAACAUGGAUAAGAAUUUAUUCGGGAUGGGGGUGAGUUCUGACGAUAUAGGGGGAAUGGCGUCAUCUAUUGGUUGCAAUCCCGGUGUCUUCCCUUUUAGUUACCUCGGGAUUAAAGUCGGUGCUAACAUGAACCGGGUGGUUAAUUGGAAGCCGGUGUAUAACAUUUUUGAAGCCCGUUUGUCUAAAUGGAAGGCGUCGCUUCUUUCUAUUGGGGGUAGGGUGGUGCUUAUCAAAUCCGUGUUAGAAAGCCUCCCUAAUUACUACUUCUCGUUGUUUAAAGCUCCUUGUAAGGUGUUAGCGGAUUUGGAAGCUAAAAUUAGAAGGUUCUUAUGGGGAGGGGACGAGGUUAAUAAAAAACUGCACUGGGUAGCUUGGAAUACUGUUACACGGCCGAAGAUCAAAGGUGGAUUGGGUUUAAAUAAUCUAAGAAACAUUAACGUGUCCUUACUCUCUAAAUGGGGGUUGAGGCUCAAAACGGAGAAAGAAAAAUUUUGGGUAAAGGUUGUGGAAGCCGUACAUAAAACUAAGUAUAACUGGAAUGUUAUUCCGUUCAGAGCUUCAAUGGGAGGGGUGUGGUGUAACAUUGCCAAGACUUUUUCCAAAACGUUGAUUGAUGGGAUUCCGUUAAGAUUUUUUUUUCAGAAGUAA